AAUACGUUUGUUUAACCUUCCUGUUAUCCAAAUCGUAACGGUAAAUUACCAUAGGUCAACUUUCUGUGUUUAUUAAAGAUAUAAAUAAACUUUAAAUAUGAUACUCGUUAAUUAUUAUCUCUCUACUGUAUACCUGCUCUGUUCUGUUCUGUAUAUCUGCAAAUAUUCUCCUCAGUUAAACUUUCAUGAACAAAAACUACAGAUCAGUCUCUCCGUGUAAAGGUUUGGACACCUUAGGGCACGGGGCAUAUCAUUGGGAUGGGCAGGAGGCAGCGGGAGGUGCAGCAGGUGGGGCGGCGGGAGGAGAGGCUCGUCGCUGUUGGCCGGGGGACGUGCCAGAGGGGCGCCCUGCCUAGCCCGGGGCGUGAGACAGAGCACUCAGGGUCGCUGCUGAAACCAAGUGUCUGUCUUGACUGAAAUAGAAGCCACAGGGAGUCUCCGGUCAAACAUCUGAAUCACCCUAAUCGCUACUCAAAUUACGACAGCCAAUCCUCUCGGAAUUCCUCCUUCCUGGGGACCAAUCAGCGGCCUCCUGGGAGUGCCCAUAACGGAAACCCCUCCCUCCGCCUUGGCACUGGGCAUAUGAGUGGUCCCUCGUGCCACCACCCACACCCCAUUGGUUCUUUUCACUGGGAAAGGAGGAGCCACACUCAGAAGGCGUGAGAAUGUCUUGUAAGGAGCAGUGCCAACUAUUAAUCAGUGUAAGGCCAAACCUUGAGUGCCUCAGACGUGGAUCUUCAGUGCCUGACGCAGAGCGGAACCACUACUCAGUGUCGACUCGGACCUAUCCUCUUCUGAACACUUGCACACUGCCUACUUGAUAACUGGCAGGGAUGGACGACACCAGGAGCAGCAGUGAGGGCCAGACUCAAAUGACGAGCCUCCACAGCAGCGGAGCAUUUAACCACCUUAACAAGUCCUGCUCUAAGAAGACAGUCGCAUCCUCCCGGCGGCUGCUCAGGACCCCGAAGUGCGCCCGCUGCAGGAACCACGGGGUCGUCUCCUGCCUGAAGGGCCACAAGAAGCUCUGUCGGUGGCGUGACUGCCGCUGCGCCAACUGCCUGCUGGUGGUGGAGCGGCAGCGGGUCAUGGCGGCGCAGGUGGCUCUCAGAAGACAACAAGCAUCAGAGAGCAAGGAGCAGACAGCCUGCCAUUCACCCUCAUCGUCCUCUGCUUCCUCCACCACCUCGUCCCCCUCGGCCACGACCAUGGCGAAGGGGCAGCCGGAGGAAUCGCCCGCUACCAAGGCUGCCCGGGCCAAGCUGAAGUCCGCCGAAGCCCUGCUGGCACAGAAGAGACUCUACCAGAGGCACCUCAGAUCACUACAACAAUCUGCCAUCGCUCGGGACCUGAUGACGAACCUGCGGCAGCGGCUGGGUCGCGACUGGCGGGUGCCGCCCUACCUCAGUGAGCGACAACGGAAGCGGCGCGCCUUCGCCGACCGGAACCUGGAGUCGGUGAUGCUGCAGCGGGAGGCCCUGCUAGCCCAGGCCACCCACCUGCCCGCCCACAUCCCACCAGAGUGGGUGGGGCACGUCACUCUACUGCCGGUGCACCUUCAGGAGGCACUGAGGCUCCACCCGCAGCCCGCCCAGGCCCUGCUGCAGCUGGUGGUGGAAGCGUGUGGCGGGGACCAGGCCCGCGCCCUCAGGUACUUGGCCUCCCCGCCCCCGGCCGUCCUCACUCACGCUGCCCAGGACGAGGCUUCGGCGGGCACACAAGAGCUGCCCUCACGCUUCCUGCAGCUGUCCCUCGCCCAGCCCUCCCUCCCGCUGUCCGCCUCGCACUCCCUCUUCACUGCCUCCUCCACUUCCGCCUUCAGGGUGGUUGGCAAGGAAGGAGACCAAGACUCACCCUCACCUCCACCCGCCCGCCCGCCGCCCACGCAGAGUCCACUGUCCCCCAGCCCCAGGAAGAUGAGUCCCGUCAGCUGCCCCGACGCCCUUUCCUCACGAACAGGGCCGCGCACCACCAACCCGCUGCUCCUCCAGGUGCCUUCCUCGCCCACACACACCUACCCCCCGGCCUCUCCCACGCUGCCGCCCACACACUGGACAAUGGCACUCAGCAGCAACCCUUCCCCGCCCUCGCCGCCCACCACUGACUACCGCAGAGCAUCUCUGGCUACCAUCUCACCCGCCGACCGCCCGCACGCCCACACCACUUGCCCCACGCCCAGGAAGGCUGUCAUAUCCUUCUCCGUGGAAUCCAUCAUCGGGAAGCAAACAUGAGGCGGCAGGGAUGAAGCGGCGGCGAGCAAUGACGCGGCCCACCGGCGUCCCCAGGGUGUUGUGUCGAUGUGCCGCAGCGGGGGCGUGUCGGCACCGCAGGGCCACAGAGCGCACCACCGCGUGAAGGGAAGGAGCAGCCGCAAGGAGGGCACGGUAACGAGGAAUGAAGCGACUCCUCAGACCGUCUCGCUGCGCCAUCAAGCAAUUUCACUUCUUUUCAAAGCUAGUCAGUGAGGCGGCAGCAGCGGCCACGGGAGACCCAGGCGGUGGUACGAAUAUAUUAGGUGCUUCCGCUCUCUCCACUUCCUCUCGUCUGUAUCUGCAUCCCACCACUUCCAUGAAUGAAGAUUUUUACACCCGUGAGAGUAGCGCUUCAAUAUUUCUAUAUAAACCUUGCUGUAGCGCUGUAACCCUUUCACUCCUAGACAAUCAUAAUCAUAAGUUUUUUUAUACACUUCAUUUGCGCUGUAAUCUUUUAAACAGUUCUUUGGACUAUGAAGACAAAAUUAACCUCACUUUCUUUUCAUCUGCGUCAAUGCGAGCUAUUUAUUCUCCACAAAAUGGUAAACACGCCCAUUGUAACACCAACUCCGUACCGUAGUCCAUAAUCCCCUGUAGAUGCAACACUCCUUCCCUCUCCUCUCAUUUCUCUAGUCGUGUCAUCCAUGUAUCCUUCUCUCCACUCCUCGCCUCAUUUUUCAUUAUCCUAUCCAUGUAUCUUUAUCCUCUCCACUCGCCUCAUCCUUCAUAAUUUUCACCGCAAAGAGAGUAGAGGUGGAGAUUUACACUUACGUCCGGGGCAAGGAAACAUCACGAGGUCUUCAGUUAACCCCAGUGGCCGACCAAAGAAAUAGUACUUAAGUCUUGGUGCCUGUGUGGUCAUGUACAGAAUCACUCAAGUCACCUCCCAGAAAGCAGUGAAUGACAACAGAAAACGGGAGGCUCUUGAUAUUCUUAGUUAAGUAUUAGUGCGUGUUGAGAUAUGUAGAAAAAACGUAUUUAAGUAUCAAUAGAAUUAAUUAUACGUAGCUAUUAGACAGUUUGACUUUUGUUCUAAUAAGGACGCAUCGCUGUGGAUUUGUUAAUGGACAGUUAUAAGCGUGUAUGUUAUUUUUUUUCCUACCAGUGUUACGACAAGAAUGUUUGUUUCUCUUCCUCUACACAAGGGGAACUACAAGUGCCUGCGUAUAGUACUGUUUUCACUUGUUACUUUGACCUAGCUCGAGUCUUGUGGCCGAGUUGGCGACGCUAAUAAAACGUUAAUUAA